UUAAAAUCCAAUUUAGUAGCGCGUUUAAAGCUGUGCAAUUCACAACACUCAAGUGAAUUCUAACUAAAAAAAGGAAAGGAAAUUUAAAUUUUUCCACAAUUAAAAAUACAAUAACAAUUUCCAAAAAUAAAAAAUUUAUAAUACAUUAUAAUAAAAGAAAUAAACAACUUAAUUAAUUAAAAAAAAAGAAAAAUGAGUCUUCUAUUAAGAGUAUUGGGUACAAUUUUAAAUGUCAUUGCAAUUGUAGUAAAUUAUAUAGCAAAUUUACUAGUGCCUCGAAUAAAACCUACAUAUCCCCCCAUCAGAAAUCCAAUAUUAAAGAAACCCAUAACGGAAUUAAGAGAAGAUUUAAGACAGAAAAAGUUAACUUCCCAAGAACUGGUGCAAAUAUAUAUAGAGCGUAUUAAAGAGGUCAAUGCCGCGCUCAAUGCAGUUGUGCAAGAUCGUUUUGAGGAGGCCAUUAAAGAUGCCCAACAUGCCGAUUCAUUGAUUAGUAAGGCGGAUAAUGAUGUUAAAUUAUUGUUGCUGUUUCAACGUUAUCCGCUCUUGGGAAUACCUUUUACUGUCAAGGAAUCGUGUGGUCUCAAAGGUCUCUCCUUUCGGGGUGGUAGUCUGAAACGUAAACACGAAGUAUGUCCUCAAGAUAGUGAAGUGGAGCUGGUAAAAGCGGCUGGUGGUAUACCACUCCUGGUAUCCGCCAAUCCAGAAUUUUUUUCAUUUGAGGCCGAUACACAUGUAAAUGGAAAAUGUCUAAAUCCCUACGAUUUAAGACGUACAUCGGGUGGUUCCUCAAGUGGUGAGGGUUCUCUAAAUGGUGCUGGUGCUACAACUUUUGGUGUAGCCUCAGAUGUUAGUGGUUCCAUACGUUUGCCAGCCCUAUUCUGUGGUGUUUUUGGUCAUAAACCCACCGGGGAUUUGGUAUCAGUGCAAGGUCAUUUUCCCUAUAGUAAUACAGAUGCCCAAUUUGCCGACUUUCUACAAAUGGGUCCUAUAACCCGAUUUGCUCAGGAUUUACCUCUACUAAUGCAAAUAAUGGCAGGAAAAAAUGCUGAUAAAUUAAAGUUCGAGGAGGGAGUCAAAUUGGAUGACAUAAAGAUUUUUUACACAUACUCCAUGGGCAACUUUGUGCAUAUACCAGCAGAUUUUGAAAUCAAAUUAGCCAUUACCAGAGCCGUUAAAUGUUUUGAAAAGGGAGGCUUGUACACAGAACAGGUUAAAAUACCCGGCUUUCAAAGUGCCGUAGAAAUGACUUUGUCACAUUUAGUCAGUCUUAAAGGCAUACCCAGUGUAAUAACACAUUCAUCAGUUGAACGUCCCACGCGCCUGCAAAUUAUCAAGGAAUUGUGUAAAAGUUUAACCGGCAAUUCAAAAAUUACCGCUAUGCCCAUCAUAGUGGAAUUAAUGAUUGAAAUGAAUGCCUUUCUAACAGAUGAACAUAAUGAGAAAUUAAGAAUGGAAAUGAAAGAACUUAAAAAAGAUUUAAUACAACUAUUGGGUUCAAAUGGCGUUUUAUUUAUACCCACCUACCAUAAAUCUGCGGGAUUUUUCAAUGGCUGUUCGGUUUUGAAUAUAAGUGGUGUUGUUCUAAUGCUUAUGUUUAAUAUUUUGGGUUUCCCCGCCACCCAUGUACCCAUGGGCUUAGAUCGCAGAGGCAUGCCUAUAGGUUUUCAAGUGGUUGCUGCUCCUUAUAUGGAUAAAUUAUGUCUACAAAUUGCUGCUGAGCUAGACGGUGCCUUUGGUGGUUGGAAGGAGCCUUUGUAAUCGAAAUUUUGAAUGUCAAAGUUGUUACUUUUUUACUUGUUAAUUUAGGGUUAUAAGAUGAACUAAUUAAAAUAUUUAUUGAGAAAAAAACACUUAUGAGCAGUGUUAAUAGAUGUGGGGAUUUUCCCCCCGAAUUACGGAUAUCAAA